AAAAACCAGAUAAAAAAGAGAAAAAAAACUUCGUCUCGAUCUCAGUUUAAAUUCUAAAUUUUCAAAGACUGCAAUAUAUUCGGACACCCAUUGGCAUUAAAAUUACCGGUGAACCAAAAGAUAUCUAUAUCUAGAAGAAGAAGGGAUCGAGCAGGACGAUUGGAGCGCUGAAUGGAAAUCGUCCCGACGGCGUCCCAAGCGAUAAACCGCGAGCCGCUAAUCGGCAAUCACGGCCACAAGCCAGCCGAUAUGGCCGAGGUUCUUAAUUUGGAUAACAUCAUUGGCAGACUCCUGGAGGUGCGAACAGCCCGGCCCGGCAAGAAUGUGCAACUGAGUGAGACGGAGAUACGAGGGCUGUGCCUGAAGUCGCGCGAAAUCUUCCUCGCGCAGCCCAUUCUACUUGAGCUGGAGGCGCCACUGAAGAUCUGCGGGGAUAUACACGGUCAGUACUACGAUCUGUUGCGGCUGUUCGAAUACGGCGGCUAUCCGCCGGAGUCCAACUAUCUAUUCUUGGGGGACUAUGUGGACCGGGGCAAACAAUCCCUGGAGACCAUCUGUCUGCUGCUCGCCUACAAGAUCAAGUACUCGGAGAACUUCUUUCUGCUGCGCGGCAACCAUGAAUGCGCUUCAAUCAAUCGCAUCUACGGCUUCUAUGACGAGUGCAAGCGACGCUACAGCAUCAAGUUGUGGAAGACAUUUACGGACUGUUUCAACUGUUUGCCCGUUGUCGCCAUUGUGGACGAGAAGAUAUUUUGCUGCCAUGGCGGCCUCAGUCCGGACCUGACGUCCAUGGAGCAGAUCAAGCGUAUUAUGCGGCCCACCGAUGUGCCCGACCAGGGACUGCUGUGCGAUCUGCUGUGGUCCGAUCCGGACAAGGACACCAUUGGCUGGGGCGAAAACGAUCGGGGCGUGAGCUUCACCUUCGGCGCCGAGGUGGUUGGCAAAUUUCUGCAAAAGCACGAUCUCGAUCUCAUCUGCCGGGCCCAUCAGGUGGUCGAGGAUGGCUACGAGUUCUUUGCCAAGCGUCAGCUAGUCACGCUCUUUUCGGCGCCCAACUACUGCGGCGAGUUCGACAAUGCGGGCGCCAUGAUGUCCGUCGACGAGACGUUAAUGUGCUCCUUUCAGAUCCUCAAGCCCGUCGAGAAGCGCAAGAAAUGAACGAUAUGGCCGACGUCUUUAACUGUUUCAGCCUCGACGUGUAAGCCUGUAUCCAAUAUGAUUGUAUCCAAUCAGAACACACAUAGCCAAAGCCGUUUACAGACAUAGCGACUGCAGCUACCGCUGCUUUCGUCUGGCCCAAUACCACCCGAAAUAUAUGCUUGUCUUUAUUUUGCAACUUCUUAUGGAAACU